CUGCAGCACCGCGAGGGGCAGAUUGGCAGCGCGGCCAGGCGGGGCGCUCGCGGGCGCUGGAAGAGAUCGAGGCUCAGCCGCUGCAACCCGGGGGCGGCCGCUUCCCGCCCCGCCACGCUCCGCCCAGCCUCGCCAGUCUGGUCCAGCCCCGGCUCUGCGUCCCGGCCCGCUGCAGUGCGCACCCUCUCGGCUCCCAGGAGGCUUCCAGGGCAGCCAUGGCUCAGCACUUCUCCCUGGCCUCCUGCGACGUGGUCGGCUUCGAUCUGGACCACACUCUGUGUCGCUACAACCUGCCCGAGAGCGCCCCGCUCAUUUAUAAUAGUUUUGCUGAGUUCCUAGUCAAAGAGAAAGGGUAUGACAAAGAAUUGCUCACUGUGACUCCAGAGGAUUGGGAUUUCUGUUGUAAGGGCCUGGCAUUGGAUCUGGAAGACGGAAGCUUCAUUAAACUUGCAGAUAAUGGUACUGUGCUCAGGGCAAGCUGUGGCACAAAGAUGAUGACUCCAGAGGCACUGGCAGAGGAGCACGGCAAGAAGGAGUGGAAGCAUUUCAUGUCUGACACGGGCAUGGCUUGUCGUUCAGGAAAAUACUACUUUUAUGAUAACUACUUUGACCUGCCAGGGGCUCUUCUGUGUGCCAGAGUGGUGGACUCUUUAACAAAGCAGAAGAGUGGUCAGAAAACAUUUGAUUUCUGGAAGGAUAUCGUUGCUGCCAUACAACACAAUUAUAAAAUGUCAGCUUUUAAGGAAAACUGUGGCAUAUAUUUUCCAGAAAUAAAGAGAGAUCCAGGCAAAUAUUUAAAUCGCUGUCCUGAAUCGGUAAAAAAGUGGCUUCAGCAGCUAAAGAAGGCCGGAAAAGUUCUUUUGUUAAUUACUAGUUCUCACAGUGACUACUGCAGACUUCUCUGUGGAUAUAUUCUUGGGAAUGAUUUUCCAGAUAUCUUUGACAUUGUGAUUACAAAUGCAUUGAAACCUGGUUUCUUCUCCCAUUUACCAAAUCAAAGACCUUUUCGGACACUUGAGAACGAUGAGGAGCAGGAGGCACUGCCAUCUCUGGAUAAACCUGGCUGGUAUUCCCAAGGGAAUGCUGUCCACCUUUAUGAGCUUCUGAAGAAAAUGACCGGCAAACCUGAACCCAAGGUUGUUUACUUUGGUGAUAGCAUGCAUUCAGAUAUUUUCCCAGCUCGUCAUUAUCGUAACUGGGAGACUGUCCUCAUCCUGGAAGAGCUCAGAGGGGACAGAGACUGGAAGCCUGAGGAAUCAGAGCCAGUAGAGAAAAGGGGCAAAUAUGAGGAUCCAAAGGCAAAACCUCUGAACACAUUAUCUAAAAAAUGGGGCUCUUUCUUUAUUGAUUCAGUUUCAGGACUGGAAAAUACAGAAGACUCCUUGAUUCAUACCUGGUCUUGCAAGAGAGUUAGUACUUACAGCACCAUUGCCAUUCCGAGUAUUGAAGCAAUAGCAGAAUUACCCCUGGACCACAAAUUUACAAGAUUCUCUGCAAACAAUUCAAAGACAGCUGGCUACUAUCCACAUCCCCCACUGGUUUUAUUGAAUGAUGCGAAGCUAAAAACAAAGUAAUCUUUACUGAAAAUGUAUACAUACUGUAAAAAUGUUAAUUUUCAAAAAAAUACUGUAAAAUGCUUUAUAAAAACAAAGUCUCAGUGGAAAUUGACCUAGAAAUUAAUGUUUUUCUAUAGUAAAACUCCUUUCUAUAAUAAUGGUUUGAUACCCAACAAUUCUCAUAUUAAAAUCUCAGUAUCUUAGAACUGUAACAAUCCUUAUUAAUAUUUUCUUUGCCCGCAGUCCUGCAACUAAAAUUCAUCUCGAGACAUAGAUGCACUCAUCAUACAUACAUGCACAUGUGUACAUAGAGGCCUAGGUCAGGGGUUCUCAAAAUGUGCUCUGCAGUCACUAGCAUGGCAUCACAAGAAAACGUGGCAUACAUGUACAUCUGCAAGCCCAACCUCAGAUUACAGAAUCAGAAAGUGUGGAAAUAGACCCCAGAAGUCUAUUAAAAUUUAUUCAUACUAUAGUUAGAGACCACUGGUAUUUUGUUGUGUUGUUGUUGUUUGUUUGUUUGUUUGCCUCUGGGGUUAUCGCUGGGGCUCAGUGUCACACUACAAAUCCACUACUUCUGGCGGCUAUUUUUCCAUUUCUAUUGGAUAGGACAGAGAGAAAUUGAGAAGGGAGGGGAAGAUAGAGAGGGAGAGAGAGAUACCUGCAGACCUGCUUCACCGCUUAUGAAGUGAGCCCACCCCCCACCCUGCAGGCGGGGAGCCGGAACCAGGAUCUAUGCAUGGGGUCCUUGCACUUCUGUGUUAUGGGCACUUAGCCCAUUAUGCCACCACCCUGCCCCAGAGAACCACUCCCAGAGAUGGAUUUAAUUGGUCUUGGGGUAUAAACGAAGAUUGUCAUCUUUAUAUAUUCAUGGGACAUGCAACUAAAGAACUGUGAUCCGUACCCAUUACUUCAACAUACAGUCAGGCAUACUAAGUCCUGUGAGAAUGAAUGAAUCUUCCCCCUCCCCCACCUCCAGGCUUCAAGAACCCAAUUAUUUUGACCUCCACUGUUACCCAUUUUCUCCCUGGUAAUGUGAAGGGCUAUUUAAUUCAUUGUCAUUCACUUUCAAAUUAUAGAUUCUUGGUGGGGCAAAAAAAUGUGUCUAUAAAGUGAAAAAUAUCUUCAAUAAUAUAAUAAGAGUAUAUAAUAAGAGUAUGGACCUUCAAAACUUCACCUAGUCCAGUAAAACCUUAUUCCUUCAUAUCAAUUUGUCACUGAGGAGAAAUUCAUUUUAAAUGUAUUAAUUAAAUUUGAGUUCUGUUUGAUUUUUGUCCUAAGAGGAUGGAGUGACAAUUUAAUAAAAAUAUGAGGUAAAACUGCUUGAAAAGAUUUUAUAGGUAUGCUGUAAUCUAGGAUUGUUCUGUUGUCUGUGCUGUGUAUUGUGCUAGUAACUAUUUGUUACAAGAUCUUUGGAACCAAAUAAUGUUUACACUCUAAAUGCCUGGCUACUCUUGACUAUGUCAUGCCACCCUGUCUAACUUGGACAGUAUCAGAAAGCACACUGCCCACUGUCACUAUUUUAUUUGGAUUGUAGUAGGUUAGUUAGCAUACUGAUGCGUGCUUUGAAAGAUUAGAAUCCUUUUAACUUUAAGUUCUUAAAUAGUCCCAAAUACAUUAUAGAGAUGUCUCAGGGUAAAUAAGCAGCAACUGAUUUUCUUUUUUUUUUUUCCCUUGAAGUCAGUAGAUUGGUUUGAUGUCUGAUAUACUAAUAGGGAUACAAUGUUGUUAAUUUUGAAUUCUGAAAUCUCAUUGGCACUAAUGAUAAACAGCAUACACAAGGAAGUUAGGACUAAGUGGGAGAUGCCAUCUUCAUGGCUACUUUCAAUAGUUGAUUUAUUUUAAAAAUAAAAUGUUUUCCCUACACAA